ACGAAAGGGGUCCUUUGUCAAAAACAACAUGGCAGCCUUCUGUAGAGGGAGGCACCGGUUAAAAUCUAUAAGUGGCUUACAAACCUCUAUUAGACAAUUGUCAGGUAAAUUCGACUAUGAUGUCGUUGUUAUUGGUGGAGGCUCGGGGGGUCUGGCAUUCUCCAAGGAAGCUGCACAGCUGGGCAAGAAGGUGGCUGUCUUGGAUUACGUAGAACCAUCAGCCAAAGGCACGAAGUGGGGCUUGGGAGGAACGUGUGUGAAUGUUGGUUGCAUACCCAAAAAGCUGAUGCACCAAGCUGCUCUUUUGGGAACUGCAAUUAAAGAUGCACAGAAAUAUGGCUGGACCAUUCCCAGCCCUGUAUCACAUGAUUGGGCUACUAUGGCGGCUGCUGUGCAGGGUCAUGUCAAGUCACUAAACUGGGGCCAUCGAGUACAGCUGCAGGACAAGAAAGUGAAAUACCUCAACAUGAAGGGCAGUCUGGUUGACGAGCACACAGUGAAAGGAGUGACUGCCAGAGGCAAAGAGAUGACUGUGACUACCAGGAACAUAGUGAUUGCCACUGGAGGCAGGCCAAAGCACCCCACUCAUGUCAUUGGAGCAGUAGAGCAUGGCAUUACCAGUGAUGAUAUAUUCUGGCUGAAGGAAUCUCCUGGAAAGACGCUUGUGGUGGGUGCCAGUUAUGUGGGCCUGGAGUGUGCCGGCUUCCUGACGGGGAUCGGCCUGGACACCACCAUCAUGGUGCGCAGCAUCGCCCUCCGGGGGUUCGAUCAGCAAAUGUCAGGAAUGGUGACAGACUACAUGGAAGCCUAUGGGACCAAGUUUGCGUGGAAGUGCUCCCCUACCAAGGUGGAGAGGCUUCCCUCGGGGUCUCUCCAGGUGACCUGGGUCAACAACAGUACCAAGCAGGAGGGGAGGGACACCUUUGACUCUGUGCUGUGGGCUGUAGGCAGAGCCCCAGAGGCCAAGCAGCUGAAUCUGGAGAAGGUUGGAGUGCGGCUUGACGAGGAGACGGGCAAGAUAGUGGUGGGCCCCGAUGAGGUGACGUCUGUGCCCAGCAUCUACUCCAUCGGCGAUAUCAGCCAGGGUCGUCCAGAGCUGACCCCCACUGCCAUUCAGGCCGGCAGGCUGCUGGCCCGCAGACUCGCCACCGACUCCAAGGAGCUCAUGAACUAUGACAACGUGGCCACUGCAGUGUUCACUCCCCUUGAGUACGCGUGUGUGGGGCUAUCUGAGGAGGAUGCUGAGAAGAAGCACGGGAAAGACUCCAUUGAGGUGUUGCACGCCUUCUACAAGCCUCUGGAGUUCACCGUGGCAGAGAGAGACGCCAGCCAAUGUUACAUAAAGGCGGUGUGUUUGCGUGGGGGAGAUCAGCGUAUACUGGGACUGCACUUCACCGGCCCCAGCGCUGGAGAGGUCAUCCAGGGCUUUGCCUUGGGCCUCCAGUGUGGAGCCACCUAUACUCACCUGCUGAACACCGUGGGCAUCCACCCCACCUGUGCCGAGGAGCUGACCAAGCUCAACGUCACCAAGCGCUCGGGCCUGGACGCCACGGUAACGGGCUGCUGAGGUUAAGCACCCCCCUCCUCCUCUGAACAGCAUGAGUGCACACAUCCCUAAAGGCAUCUCCAGAGUAGAAUGGGGAAUCAGAAAGAUUGGUAAGCAGGCAGUGGGACAUUUGGAUCAGUUGUUGGGUAUACUAUAAAAGUGGCUAGGUAAUAAACCUUAGUCAUUGGUGAUGCAUUUUAAAACUUGAUGGGGUAGCCUAGAGGUGAUUUGUUAACCUGCAGGA